AUGGGUUUCCUCGCAAAUCCUCCGGACCGCAACCUGGACCAAGCCGGUAUGGCCGCUGGCCACGGUCAAGCCGCACCUUCGACCAAGAACCACCUCGGCGAGACGCGAAAGGUGUCAAAUGAAGAGAGCGGAACCGAUCUCGACGAGUCCGAUGCAAUUCUGUUGGCCAUGGGCUACAAGCCCGAAAUGGCACGCAACCGAUCGACCCUUCAAGUCGCCUUCAUGUCCUUCGUCCUUGCCUCAAUUCCCUACGGUCUCGCAACAACCUUCUACUAUCCUCUUGUCGGAGGUGGCCCGGCAAACAUCAUCUGGGGUUGGAUCCUGGUCAGUCUGAUCAUUAUCUGUGUCGCUGCAAGUCUGGGCGAGAUCACUUCAGUAUACCCGACAGCUGGUGGAGUCUACUACCAGACAUUCAUGUUGGCACCAGCCAAAUACAAGAGAGUCUUGUCGUGGAUCUGCGGAUGGGCAUAUGUCGUUGGAAACAUCACAAUCACUUUGGCUGUCAACUUCGGUUCUGCGCUGUUCAUCAUCUCAUGUGUGAACGUCUUCGAGUCGUCGCCCGGUGUCGGCAUAUGGAAUGCCAGCGCGUGGGAGACAUGGUUGGUCUUUGUUGCCAUUACCGUUUUCUGCAAUCUCGUCUCUUCGUUUGGCAACAGAUGGCUGGCUCUGGUUGAUGUAUGUGGAACAAGACUGCUUGAGCAUACGAGGAUACUGACUAUGUGCUCUAGANCUUUUGCCAUCUUCUGGACUCUCGCUGGUGUUCUUGCCAUUCUUAUUGUCACGCUCGUAUUGGCUAAGGGUGGCCGACACUCUGGCAAGUACGUCUUCACUGACUUCGAGCCCCAGUCAGGAUGGACUCCUGGAUGGUCCUUCUGUGUCGGUCUUCUGCAGGCGGCAUACGCGACUUCGUCGACUGGUAUGAUUAUCUCCAUGUGUGAAGAAGUUCAAGAGCCUGCAACCCAGGUUCCUAAGGCAAUGGUUGCGACCAUUCUUCUCAACCUUGGUGCUGGUCUCAUGUUCUUGCUUCCUCUUCUGUUCGUCAUCCCUGACCUUACCACACUUGCUGCCCUUGCAUCAGGACAACCUGUCCCUACUAUUAUUGCAACUGCUGUCGGUUCUCCUGGUGGUGCCAUUGGUCUGCUUCUUCCUCUUAUGGUGCUCGGUCUUAUCUGCGGUAUCGGAUGCACUACCGCAGCGUCCCGCUGCGUCUGGGCUUUCUCCCGUGACGGUGCCAUCCCUGGUAGCAAGUGGUGGAAGCAAGUCAACAACACCACUGCUCUUGAAGGUGUGCCAUUGAACGCAAUGUUGCUCAGCAUGGUCGUUCAGAUUCUGCUCGCCGUCAUCUACUUUGGAUCCGUCGCUGCAUACAACGCCUUCUCUGGUGUUGGUGUCAUCUGUCUGACAGUGUCAUACGCCAUACCCAUUGCUACCAACCUCUUCACGGGUCGCAAGCAUGUAAAGGGUGCCCCCUUUUCUCUCGGCGUUCUUGGACUGUUCUGCAACGUUGUUGCACUCGCCUGGAGCUGUCUUGCUGUGCCAUUAUUCUGCAUGCCGACCACUGUCCCUGUCACCGCAUCGCUCAUGAACUACGCAUCAGUGGUCUUUGUCGCUUUCAUUCUGAUUGCAGGCGCAUGGUACUUCGUCUGGGGUAAGAAGAAUUACCAGGGCCCUCCGACACAUGAAGACACCGCCCUUGAGGCCAGGCGCAGUAUUUCGGAGGCAAGGAGGCUUUCGAAGGUGGCUUCAUGA